GCGCGGACGCACGACCACUCGUCGCGCAGAGGGCGACGACGUUCGCGGCGUAUCAGUGUGAGAGCUGGGCUUUCCUGACCCGGUAUAGGUUGAAAGAACGCCCAGAUGCGCACGCGCGGACUUGGAUUCGACGGGGUGGCGUAUGCAUGGAACCGUGGAAGACGCCCGGGCGGUCCGGGAGGAGCCCCAUCUGCGCCGGAAAAGGGGGCGGCUCUGCGCAUCGGGCGCCAUUGACAUUGAGUGCAGUGAUCAGCGCGGGAUCAUGGCGCCCGUUACUUAUAGCAGAGUGUAUGCGCAUAGGCGUAUCCCUGGUAAGGUGCGAGCAGCGUGUCGGGGGUGGAGGGCGCACAUGAGAUUGAUCAGGGCGUCAGAUCCAGAUAUCAGUGUACCGCGUAUGCACG